AAUAUCCUAUCUAAUUCGUCAACCACUUUUGACUGAGUACCUACAUUUUCAAGAGAACAGAAAUCCUAUUCUGGAUUCGCUUCCGUCUUUGUUAUGUUGCUGGUGAUCGCAUUGGUAUUAUUCCAUUCAGCUGAAUGUAAAGAAAAGCCUCACCUGGGCCGAGGUUUUUAUCUUCCUGAUACCCCAGUUUACAAGCUAUCAGCCGAGGGGAAAUCUAUAUUUAGGAACCUACCAGAUAGCUGCUUCGUCAAACAGACGAGCACCAAAAACAGGGCCCGAAUACUCAGUUUUACCAACCCAGGGGAAUUCUAUCGGUUCGUCGGAGAAGAUCUAGGACUAAAGCAGUACCAAAUAAUGCCUCGCAACCUUUACAAAACCUUGUUAUACGUCUCUCUGAGCAUUUCCACUGAUCUGGAGGUGGUUGGAGCAGGUAUAGAAAUCAGCCGGGAACUAUCCUCUACCACUCUUCUUCCGGACUGCCUUGCUAAAGCUGAACUCAGCGAAGAUCUGGUCCGAGAUUUUAAAAUAUUGGCAGAUAAGAUCAAGAAACCGUCUGUUGCUGACAGCUGGAUAGAAUACCAAACAUUCCUGAGAAAAUACGGGACCCACUACAUGAAGGGGAUGUACAGCGGGAACAAAGUCCACAACUUCGUGUUUGCUAAGAAGUCCUCCGGAUACACUGUGGAUCAGCUAAGUGCAGCAGCUUGCCUCAAACUAAAGAAUGGUGGACUUACAUUCUGUCAAUUCUCAGACCAUACGUAUAAGGAGGUAGCGGCCCUAAAAACCUCUGAAUAUUACGAGGUAUACGGAGGAACUGCAGAAACAAGACUCAAUAUGACCGAGGGGGAUGUGACCGCUGAUGACCUUUACAAGUUUAUCCGGAGUGAUACAGAUGAAGAGCAACAUAUCAGAGUGACUUUAGAACCCCUUACUCUGCUCCUAAAGAACAGGUUCCUGGGGACGGAGUACUUCUCCAAAGCUCUCAACCUGGAGCAGUUCUACGAGGGGUUCGUGGUUAAGGGUUGUGAUGAGAAGUCGGUGGGAGGGGUUCUUACUCAGCGGUUCAGACUGAUCAGCAAUCUCCACUCCCUCCCAGAGUACAGGUGUGAACUCGCUAAAACAGGGUGUCGGUCACAUAACGACUGCCAUCUUGAUGUAAGCUCCUUCUGGACCCACUGCUACUGUUACGGUAAGACCUGUAUCACCAGUACAAGAUGGAGCACUGCUGAGUUGGGGAGCUACUCCACCAGAUCAGCUCAAGUCUCGCUUCACGGAUCUACUUACGAGGGAGAGAACAUGUCAUGUCACUAUCUAUUUGGCCCUUCUUGUGAGUGUGACUUUGGUGCCCAUAACCAGUGGGACGAAACCUGGCCUGGACCUAAAUCUGAUUUCUCGCAGGAUCUCCAGUUUUAUAGACAACUUUAUAAGAACGGCGUCUUGUUCAAAAGCGGAGCAGGGGGACAAUUUUUUGACAUUUCUGCAGUGCUAUUUUUAAUUGUCACGAUGAAGUUAUUGAUGUCAUGACCUUCAUAAGAAAUAGGAACUAGGAAAUAACAGACAAAAUUUGAUCAGAAUCAUUGACGAUAGUGCAAGUUACAAUAUUCCAAAUUUCAUAA